AAUCGGUACGUGGCAAGUCAGACAAGUUGCGGACCGGGGAGGCAGUGGACGCCGUGGACUUAGCAAAGUGAUUAUUAGCUCCUGUGAAACCACAAAGCGAAAAGGCUUCGCUGCGGUAGUAAACUAAGUUUCACCUGGACUCACUGAUUUUGAUGACAGUCCAACAAACACUAAAGUGUUAAAUUAAUCAUUAUUAGUAACGAGGCCAACCGUCUUUGGACAAUGAGGAAGACUGCGUUGCUGCUCAUUGUGGUGCUCGGCGUCGCGUACUUUAUGACAGAAUGCAAAUGUGAAGAUGAAGAAUACGAGGAACACGUGGAUGAGGAGGAUGAAAGUGAUGAUGAAGGGGAUGACGAUGAUAACGACACAGACGUCAAAGAUGAGAAUGGAGUGCUGGUUCUCACCGAUAGCAACUUUGACACGUUUGUGGAGGGCAAAGACACAGUGCUCAUCGAGUUCUAUGCUCCAUGGUGUGGCCACUGUAAACAGUUUGCACCUGAGUACGAGAAGAUCGCACAGACCCUGAAGGAGAACGAUCCUCCUAUUCCUGUAGCUAAAGUGGAUGCCACACAGGCAAAGGAUUUAGGGAGCAGGUUUGAGAUUUCAGGCUAUCCCACCAUCAAGAUCUUGAAAAGAGGAGAGCCUGUUGACUAUGAUGGAGACAGAACAGAGAAAGCUAUUGUGGCACGGGUCCAAGAGAUUUCUCACCCUGAUUGGAAGCCCCCACCUGAGGUCACACUGGUGCUCACCAAAGAGAACUUUGAUGCGACUGUCAACAAUGCCGACAUCAUCCUGGUAGAGUUCUACGCUCCGUGGUGUGGACACUGUAAGCGUUUGGCUCCAGAAUACGAGAAGGCAGCCCAGGAGUUAAGCCGGCGCUCACCACCCAUCCCGCUCGCCAAAGUCGAUGCUACCGCGGAGAGCGACAUCGCCUCCCGCUUCGAUGUCACCGGCUACCCCACCCUCAAGAUUUUUAGGAAGGGCAAAGUUUUCCCGUACAAUGGGCCCAGAGAGAAGCACGGCAUUGUGACUUACAUGGGUGAGCAGGCAGGGCCUCCCUCCAAGCAGGUACAGGCUGCCAAACAAGUGCAAGAGCUCCUGAAAGACGGCGAUGAUGCGGUCAUCAUCGGUGUCUUCUCCAAUGAGCAGGAUGCAGGGUACGAGACCUACAUCGAGGCUUGUAACUCCCUCAGGGAAGACUUUACCUUCCGUCACACCUUCAGCUCCGAAGUGGCCAAGCUGUUCAACGCUUCACCCGGUCAGAUUGUCAUUGCUCAGCCAGAAAGGUUCCGAUCCAAAUAUGAGCCAGCGUUACGCGCUCUACCAGUAACGGAUUCUACAUCUGUGUCAGAUGUUCAAGAAUUCUUCAAGAAGCACGUGAUCCCCUUGGUGGGCCACAGAAAGCCAAGUAAUGAUGGCAAGCGCUACACACAGAGGCCGCUCGUGGUCGUGUACUAUGGCGUUGAUUUCAGCUUUGACUACAGGAAAGCUACUCAGUUUUGGAGGUCCAAGGUGUUGGAGGUGGCCCACGACUUCCCUGAGUACACGUUUGCAAUCGCUGAUGAGGAGGACUAUGCUGAUGAGCUGAAGAGUCUUGGUCUUAGCGAGAGCGGUGAAGAAGUCAACGUUGCAAUUAUUGCUGACAGCAGCAAAAGGUUUGCUAUGGAACCUGAUGACUUUGACUCUGAUGUGCUGAAAGAAUUUGUUAUGGCUUUCAAGAAGGGAAAGCUGAGUCCUAUCAUCAAGUCCCAGCCCGUGCCAAAAAACAACAAAGGACCAGUGAAGGUUGUGGUGGGUAAGACCUUCGACGAGAUCGUCAUGGACACCCACAAGGAUGUCCUCAUUGAGUUUUAUGCUCCGUGGUGUGGACACUGUAAAAAACUUGAGCCUGAUUACUUGGCUUUGGGAAAGAAGUACAAGAGUGAGAAGAACCUGGUGAUCGCCAAGAUGGACGCCACAGCUAACGACAUUCCGAACGACAUGUACAAAGUCGAAGGUUUCCCCACAAUAUACUUUGCCCCGAGCGACAGCAAACACAAACCUGUCAAAUUUGAAGGAGAUGACAGAACCGUGAACGGCUUCAGUAAAUUUUUGGAAGAGCAUGCCACGAAGUUGUCACACAAAAAAGACGAGCUUUGAAAAGCUCACUUAAGAACUCAAACUGCGCUGGUUAAAGUCCAACAAGUGGCCCGAUACGAGUGGGAAGGUGAAGGGAACCAACCAUCAGUAUAAGUGUUACUAAGUUGCUGUUGAGAAUUAACGUUCAUUUUAGUUUUGUUCAUUUUUGUUAUGCUUCAUAAAGCAUGUGCACUCUGACGGUUUUUUUUUUUUUUUUAAAUAAAACAAAAUCAUGGCUUUGUGGGCCAGUCCUCCA